AUGGUCACGAUAUGGCAACUCUUCUACGUCGUCGGAUCCCCGUUUAUCAAGAUCAGAAUUUGUAUGACCUUGAUCCGAGUCGCCACGCAACGGUGGUACACAUACCCGCUAUAUGCUGUUUGUGGUUUGAGUGUGGCCAUGACACUCAUGGCAUUCAUCGCCGUAUUCAUCCAGUGCGCCCCUUUCGAAGCAUCCUGGACCGGUCAGGGGAAGUGCAUCUCGGUCGAGGCCGUCAAUAUUUUCGUGAAUUGGACUGUGGCGAUAAUGCCGGGCUUCAUUUUGUGGCAUCUCCAGCUUCGCAGGAAGUUGAAGCUCCUGUGUUCGGGUAUCUUAGGGCUGGGCGUCCUUGCAGGCCAUUACCUGUACCAUCCUUGUGCUGUACGCCAACACGUGGUGUCAUCGCAUACAGACAUGAUCGGGUUCAUCAUCCUCUGGACAGUUGUUGAACUUGGUCUUGGAAUUGUCGCUGGCUCUCUUCCAUCGCUACGGAAAUUUUUCACGAGUCUCGCGAAGGACAAGAGCUCCGGGGACAAGACCUCUUUUGGAACCGACCUUGUGACAAUUGGGGCAAGCAGACAAACCAGGGCAGAACGUGGACCAUUAUACGACUGUGAACUAAAUACAACGGUUGCAAUUGGUAGGGACGGAAGUAUUGACGAUCUCCGGGACAAGGAUGACGACAACACCUGCCGUAUCAUCCAGGUCACUCGGGAUUUUACUCAAACGUCAACAUAG